GUUCAACAUUACAAAUCAACUCUAAUAUUGAUUACAUCAUUGUGUGUGUUUCUGUGUACAUCUUGUUAUGCAAAAAUGUGAAAGUUUAUGAACAAUUACGACAAUGAGAAGAUGAAGCGUGUGAAAGUGAUAGUGAAAUACACAUCUGGAUGUUUGCACAGCGUGUUUUUGUUUCCAUGGCAACCUAAAAAUGUUGAGAAAGUUAUCACCUGUUUCUAGAACGAUUGUUAGCGAGUUUAUAUUUUCAAGUUUUGUAUACGAACAGCGAUUUUUUUUGCAUCAUUGCGGCUUAUUAUUACCCCCGGUUUUUAACAUACAAUGGUUACAAUGGAACGCGAAACGUCGAGAUGAUUUUAUUGCAUAAAAAGACGAUCGGCCAAACAGUGUUAUUAUAUUUGUCGUGUUGUUGCAUGGAAACUGUGUAGCGCGUGAAAUCUGAAAGUUUUUUGUUGCUGAAAAAAGAAUUUGUAAAGAAAGAUGUCGUUGAGUGAUGUUAUGCUACAAAACUUCAUGCCGAGAAACAUACUUGAAUCUGAUGAUGAGCUAGACACGUGGUCUAACUUAAGUGGAGGAAGGAGCAGCAGAAACAGUAGCUCGAGUGAAUCUGGAAGCCCGUACUAUCCUACGAAAGAUGCAAGUGAUUUUUCCUUGUUUCAGGAUUAUUUUGGCUUAUCAAAUUUAUUAAACAAUGUUAAAAUAUCGGAAGAUAAUCCCUUGUUAUACAAUACGCACAAAAAUUUAGCUUUACUGCAAAGAGCAAGACGUGUUAGUUGGAGCAGCGAUGCCAGUGAUUCUGCCGCGGUUUUAUCUCCCACCAUAGACAAGCAGCAAUACAACUGCGAAAGAAAUUUUGACUCAUUUCCAAUGUCAGAUCCUGCGUUCAACAAACAACAACUUCCACCGCCGAGUAUGAGGCUCAGUAAAGCGAUGAGAGAUCACAUUAUUAGUGGUGCUUACCAACAGCAAAUCAACAACCGAAUGCCCGAAAAAGUUCCAUCACCUGCACAACCACCUUCUCCCCCCUCCCCACCAAUACAGUCUCCUCAACCUCAACCACCGUUGGUACAUUCAAACACUCCUCAAGUCCCGCCAAGAUCGUCAACUUCACUUCAAGUAUGCGUUUUUUGUCGUAAUAACGGCGAAUCAGAGAGCGUUUAUACCAGUCAUGUGUUAAAAGAUACUGAGGGGCGUACCGCAUGUCCAAUCCUUCGAGCCUAUACCUGUCCUAUCUGUAAAGCAAAUGGUGACAGCUCUCAUACGAUAAAGUAUUGCCCGUUGAAUCAAAACACACGUGCUGGAGUUAUGGGCCAACAACCCCCUGCUCAAAACAUUCAUAUGCCACCGCGAAACCAAUUACCUCCUCACCAACGCUUGCCAGGUUUUCGUCCUCCCUUUCCCGGAGUCUUACCGCCGCAACCUCGAUUCAACCAGCAUGGAAAGGUAAGAAUGUAAACACGUUAAAAUUAUCAAAUUAAUUUUUAUUGUUGUACAUAUAUAUAUAUAUUGCCUGUGCAUUUUGGUUUUGUAUGCAAAAGAUGUUAUUUUCUGAAUCGUGAAGUUCAACUUUCCUAAAAAACUCGACUUAUGAUUUUUUGUGUGUGAAAAGCCGCCGUAUUUACUUAACUAUAAAAAAUUUGUUUUCUCAAUUUAAUAUCACUGGCUAGUUUUUCCUUUAAUGAAAAAACCUUAGAAAGCUUUAUUUAUUUUGCAUGUUAUUGUGAAUAUACAAAGUAAAUCAUAAAAAACUAAAUUCAAAUACGCGCGCAAAAAACAAAUUAUUACUUUUCUUAUAAGUAUGAUGAAAAAAAUCGGCUUUUCACACAAAGAGUAUUUAAAGAAUACAAAUUUGCAUUUUUCUGAUGUAUUUGUUUAGCCAUCUUCCUGCUACGAAAAAACAACUAAUGUUUAAUAUUAGCAAUUUGUUCAUUUGUUUUUAGUUUUUUGUUUCAAAAUAACAAAUUUAUUUUUUAAACUGAGGAGGGGAUGAAUUAGGGGUUUUUUUCACGUGUUGAAUUUUUAUUACCCCCUGCGUUAAAAUUUUACUCAGUAUGCGAGACAAAUUAAAGCGCCACUUGGGUCUCAUUUAGUUUGCAUCUAUUGAAAAGCCAUGUGUGCUAAAAUAAAAGCAAAAAAAUUAUUGUUGUUUUUUUAUCAAAAGAACCUGACGUAAAUGUUAAAUUUAAUUGAUUUUUGCAUAUCGUUUUAAUUGUCGUCUUUUCUAAGUUUGCUUUGGUCAGGUGUUUUAAAGUAAAUCUCGUAACAGACAAUACACUAUAACAGGGGCCAUGUGUUUAAUCCUCUUCACGGGAGUUGGAGUUCAUUUUUUGUAAAUCUUUAGCUCCUUUAUUUAAGGAAAUUACAACUAUAAUAUUAUAGUAAACCUAAUGAAUUUUUAGUUUGACAUCUAGAAUUGAAUUUUGUUGUUUGAUUUUAAAAGAUAAAAAAUUUUACUACUAUAUAAUGUUCCCUUAAUGUUCUUGAUAGCAUUGUAAUUAUUUUAUACGAAUUCUUAAAUGCAGAAUUUUAAUGUUUUACCUAAAA